AUGAUUCAUGGACCGUGUGGUGCCAUCAAUCCCCAAUCACCUUGCAUGGUCGAUGGAAAGUGCUCUAAACGAUUUCCACAGAAAUUAAAGGCGGAGACUAUCACUGGCUAUGAUGGUUAUCCAUCCGCUCGCAAGCUGAGGCGGCGGCGCCCCCCCCAAAAAAUACGGCUGCAACAGGAAGAUUCUGUCUACGGCAGUAGCGACGACGAGCGGGAUAGGAAUAUUCAAGAAUGGAUCCGCUCCUCCGGCCGCCAAGAGGCAGAAGAACCUAAACCUGAGCCACAUAUGAAGCCGAACGAUACGGUGACGGACAUAAUUCAUGCUUUCAGAGAAGCAUUACGGGAGAACACGGCGCAACCGAAGUACAUACAAGAACUACCCGUGUUCGAAGGCGAUAGCUGUGAAUGGGACAAAUGCGGGGCUACAUUAGAAGAAAACAGAAGUGUGAAACAGAACGUUCCAGAAGAAAGGAAACGAUGCGCACACUGCGACGAGUCACACUCAUUAUUAGAAUGCGCCAACUUCCAAAAAGCGUCAGUUCGAGAAAGGUGGAGCAUUGUAAAGCGAACCAGGAUAUGUUUCAAGUGUCUCAGCGGUCAACAUCGAAAGGAGCCGUGCAGAAAACCGCCCUGUAGAAUAUGCAAGAAGUGA